AUGAGUGGAUUUGAUGAUAUUCCUGAACUUGUGACUGGGGAAGAAGAGGAUCUAGAAGAAAGAUUGGAAAAAAUCCAAGUUGAUUCAAGGUUACGCAGAGAAAAAGUAUUAAAUUUAAAUAAAUCAUUAGAAUCAAAUAAUAGUAAUAAUGAGUUAAAUAAGAAAAUCCCUAUAACUAUAAUCACAGGUUAUUUAGGUUCAGGGAAAAGUACAUUAUUAGAUCAUAUUGCUCAAAAAGGUGGUAAAAAAUUAGCUGUGAUAUUGAAUGAAUUUGGUAAUUCUAGUGAAAUUGAAAAAAGUUUAACAGUAACAAGUGGUGAUGAAACUUAUCAAGAUUGGUUAGAUUUAGGUAAUGGAUGUCUUUGUUGUUCAGUUAAAGAUAUUGGUGUGAAGGCAAUUGAAGAUUUAAUUGCAAGAAGUGCUGAUAAGAUUGAUUAUAUUCUUCUUGAAACUUCAGGAAUUGCAGAUCCAGCACCUAUUGCACGUAUGUUUUGGCUUGAUGAUGGAUUGAAAAGUAAUGUUUAUAUUGAUGGUGUUGUUACUGUAUUAGAUUCUGAACAUAUAGAGACUUGCUUGAGUGAUUUUGGUGGUCAUUGGCAUAAAUCAAAUGGGAUGGAAUUUCUUGAAGAUGGUAUUACUACUGCACAUUUACAAAUUGCAUUAGCUGAUGUUAUAUUAUUAAAUAAAAUGGAUAAAUUAUCUGGAAAUUCAGCAAAUUUAUUGGAAACAGUUCAAAAAAUUAAUUCUAUAGCACCUAUUUAUGAAACUAAAUUUGGUGAUAUAGAUAUUAAUAAGAUAUUAGAUCUUCAUGCAUUUGAAAAAAAUAUUAAAAUAAAUGAAAUAAUUGAAGAAAAUAAAGGAAGUUUCCAUGAUUCAAGAAUUUCCACCAUAUCAUUUGAAUUCAAUUUAUUACAACCCAUUGAUUUCCAUAAUUUAGAAAAAUUUAUACAAAAUUCUCUUUGGGAAAAUAAAAUCCAAGGUAAAAAUGUUGAAAUUCAUAGAUCAAAAGGUAUAAUUAUAAAAUCUGAUGGUGAAAAUUUUGUAUUACAAGGUGUUAGAGAUACUUAUGAUUUGAUUGAAGAUGCUAAGACUGAAUUAAAAAAUUCAAGAUUAGUAUUUAUUGGUAAGAAUCUUGAUAAGGGGGAUUUGAUUAAAGAAUUUGAAGAGUAUACUGGUAUAACGCCAUUUUAA